GUGGUGAAUUAGGAAUUAGGGUUGACAUUCACGGCGGAAAGACUCGAAAAGGAAGAAGAUGAGCGGAUCAGCCUCCGGCGAACUAACUCUUCGAAGAAUCACAGAUCAGAUUCCUCAUGAUCUCAUGACAGAGAUUCUCCUGAGAUUGCCGGCGAAAUCCCUAGCGAGGUUUCUCUGCGUGUCGAAGACAUGGGCAUCCACGAUUCGCAGUCGAGAUUUUGCCAACUCGUUCGUUACUCGGUCAUCGACUCGCCCCACUCUAUUGGCCAUGGUGGACUUGAACGUCUCAUACUUUCGUAAGUUCUACUUCUUCUCGUUCCCUCACCGGCUGAAUCCGGACGAUGCGGAAUCCUGCCGUUUAGUCCAACUCGGAGUAAUUAACUCAGGAGAUCCCUACACCACUACGUAUCACUCUGUGCGUGGCUUGAUCUGUCUGGAAACUGAAUCCGGCCCUGUAAUUUGUAACCCUAGCUUAAACCAAUUUCGGACCUUGCCCGAAACACAGUCCAAUCCAAACAUAGAAGACGAGGUUUGCUUUCUAGGGUACGAUCCAGUUGAGGAUAACUACAAAGUACUGUUAUUAAGGAGGCCUGCAUUUCACCGUACAGCACAGAACGCAUCUCACGACAUUAGGGUUUUGACAUUGGGAGACAGAGAGUGGAGAAGGAUCGAAGGUGUCUCUUCCCACGUUCCUACGAUCGCUGGGAGAUGCAUCAAUGGGGUUUUGUUCUAUGGGACUCGUUUUGGCGAUGUUCGUGUGAUAGUCAGCUUUGACGUAAAGUCAGAGAGGAUCAACUUCAUCACCGCACCAAAUGAUGGUGUUGGCAUUCAUUAUCGGUGUUUGACAGAUUACAAAGGAAAACUGGCCCUUUGUGGAGCAAUGAUAGACGGAAUCAGUUUAUUAGUUCUUGAGGAUGCCGAGAAACAUGAAUGGUCGUGUAAGACGUUUGCUUUGCCACAUUCAUGGAGAGAUUUUCUCCCGGAAAGAGACAGGCUUUUCAAUGUGAAGAUCAGGGAUUCUGGAGAUAUCAUUGUGAUUCCGCAUUUCUUCGGGCAUAAAUCACCAGCCUAUGUUCUGUACUGCAAUCCAGAGAGGAUCAGCAUCAAAAGGGUUGACAUAGAAGAUGCUCUGCCUUGUAAAGAAUGUAACUACCGUUGUGGAAUCUCCGUCUUCACAGAUCAUGUGGAGAGCCUCAUGUUUCUGUAAGAAGGCGUUUAUUCAUGGUUAGUCGUGAUCGGUAAUGCCCCUUCUCUUCACUCUUUCUUCGUUUCUUUUAAGAUAUUUCAAAGUGUUUGAUGAAUCUCGUCAGUUGAUAUAUCAAAUUUUUUAUAUAUAUAGUCAAAGGUGGAGGGAAUGAGUUAAUGUUUUUAUUCGAAUAGAUUUUUUUUAUAGUAAUCAGUUAUUUUGAAUCAAGGUUCAGACUAAUUUCGAGGCCGAGAACCAACCAUGUCAUUUGGAUUAUAUAUUCCUAACAAACGCUUUGCAUCUCCAUUUCACGUCUAUUGAACUAUCCAAGUUGGAUUUUUCAUUCAAA